UGGCGGAUGUGCCUCGGUGACGUCGGCGGAAGGAGGGGCGGAGCGGCGUCGGGGACGGAACAUGGCGACGGUGCUGCGCGGCUCGACGAAAUGGCUCUUCACCCGGGAACAAAUCGAGAACACGCCGUCGCGCCGCUGCGGAAUCGAGCCCGACCGCGAGUUGUCCUACCGACAACAAGCCGCCAACCUCAUCCAGGACAUGGGGCAGCGGCUUAACGUCUCCCAGCUCACGAUCAACACUGCCAUCGUCUAUAUUCACCGGUUUUAUAUGCUAAACUCCUUCACGAAGUUCCAUCGAAACAUCAUCUCUCCCACCACUCUAUUUUUAGCUGCUAAAGUGGAAGAGCAACCGCGGAAACUUGAACACGUCAUUAAAGUGGCACACGCCUGUCUUAACCCACAAGAACCUCCACUGGACACCAAUAGCAAUACAUACCUCCAACAAGCACAAGAGCUGGUGCUUCUUGAAACCAUAGUGCUGCAAACACUCGGCUUUGAGAUAACUAUAGAUCAUCCACACACGGAUGUGGUGAGAUGUUCCCAGCUAGUGCGAGCGAGCAAGGACUUGGCCCAGACCUCCUAUUUCAUGGCUACCAACAGUUUGCACCUGACCACGUUCUGCCUGCAGUACAGGCCCACAGUAGUGGCGUGUGUGUGUAUCCACCUGGCCUGCAAGUGGUCCAACUGGGAGAUUCCCAUCUCGUCGGACGGAAAACACUGGUGGGAGUAUUUGGAUCCAACAGUCACCCUGCAGUUACUAGAUCAGUUAACGCAUGAGUUCCUACAGAUUUUGGAGAAGACCCCCAGCAGGUUGAAAAGGAUCAGAAACUGGCGGGCCACUCAAGCCGCCAAAAGGUCCAAAAAUGAGAGCCAAUCGGUGGCAGGCUCCUUUCAGUCUCCGGACUCAGGCCCAGACAGCCUGCUGCUUGACAGUAAGACUGAUCUGAUGGGAGGCUUGUAUCCAGACCCCUCGACUUUGUUCCCCUUAGACACGCUGAACGGCUUGGGCAACCCCGGCUCCUCUUACGUCCAGGCAGACGCCCACUCGAGCCUCCAGGGGGUCGCGAUCAGCAGCAAGCCGCAACACACCGCCACCAAUAAACUGAGCCUGGAAAAAUACAGGGAGAAACAAGCAGCCGAGCUGCUGCAGCGCCGCAAACACGGUCACCUGCUGCCCGAACCCACGGCAAUGCCAUCGUCUUCGUCCUUAUCCGCAGUGUUGAUGUCCUCCACGCAGUCCUCUUCCUCGCUGGCGCGGGUCAAAUACGGCCAGCCCGGACAGGACCGGGAGACAAAGAGCGGCUCGUUGAAACGCCGCCACCCUUCAUCCUCGUCUUCCUCCACGGACAACGGCACUGCGAGUCAGGAGGAGCUCAAGAUGAAGAUCAAAAUGUCGGAAAGCGGCGGCGGUAAGAGCAGACACAGCCCUCGCUCGGGCCGCGAGAAACACAGAGCUUCGAAACACGACACCUCGCACACACACGGCCAUGGCGGCCACCACAAAGCCCACCGCUCUUCCAAGAGCCACGCCGGAGCCGCCCCCUUGCCCCCCGCCCAGCCGGGGAAGCUCGACAGGAGGCCGGGAGAGGGGCCGAGCGCCGAGAGCGCGGCUCCACUGUUACUCAACGGCCAGCACAUGGACUACGCAGACACCUUCAACAUGCUCGACUCGCUGCUCAACGCGCACAACAUGAACUACUAAAGUGCACGCAAUCAGAUUAUUCAAAACUGCAAAGGAGGUUUUUUUUUUUUUUUUUGUUUUGUUUUUUAAGAACCGAUUUACGUUACGAAAAUAACAUGGUCCGUUAUUUUCAUCUUCACCACCUAAUUUAUCCAUGUUGCUCCAGUGAAGAAAAAAAAAAACAACAAAAUGAGGAAAAAAGGAAAUAGCUGUUGUAUGUCCGUGUAUUCACAGUUUUUAAAGCUUAUUACGUGAAAAGCAGCCUGGGAAAUACUGUCAUGUCUUUGGUCCCGGCUGUAGCGAUUGAAGGAAAUCCGAUUUACGAGACUAAACGAAAGUUGUAAUAUGUCUGUGUUUGUUCUAUAUACUUGAUUUUAUUUUAUUUUGUAUUUUUUAUCAAAGGGAUGAAUUUAGAGGAGACGUUGACUGUUCGCUGUGGGAGGUGCAGAUAACCACCGUUUGUUAAUUUCUUCCCCGUCCUCCCUCUUUAAAAAAACAAAAAAAAAAAAAAUGCUAUGUCUGUAAUUCUUACAAUGCUCAGGUUUGGAGAUGCUUCAAUACGUGAGACAUGAUGUACAUCUAUGAACUCGUAGAAAGUUGGCGAUUCUCGCUGUAGUACUGAACUUUGCAUCGCAAAUCUACUGCUUUUACCUCGAGGGAUGGCGUUUUGUCCGCUUCGUUCCAUCGCCUUAACGCUCGUAAGAGGCUUUUCCCCCUUGGCUUGUCCGGCGUCACCCCCACCCCCCCCGCCUUCCUACCUCAUUAGCCCUUUAAAGUGAUUUGUGAAAGCCUCGAACGAGCCGAUCAGGUGGAGCCACAGAUCAACAAGUAAAAAAAAUAAACAAAUUAUUUGUACACUUCCCUGCCAAAUUGUACCCUCCCAUAAUCUCGUUUGUUUAGAGGGUCCGAGAAGGUCGGCUUCCUCUAAUCCCGUCCAUUCAUCGUUGUAUAAAUGAUACGAACUUCCCAGGGGAGGCUUCAUCUCCGGUAAUACUUCCUUAUUGCUUCCUCAGGCCGAAGACAUCGAAGAGUUCCGUGUCUUAACGCACGUAAACCAUCCAGUAUAAGAGGAAUCGGGACGCGUUCGUAUCGUAAAGCUUCUCUUGUUUAAUACUGCGAUACAGCAUCCAUAUGAUGUAAGAAAAUAAAAUAAUGCUAGUCCUCAGAUACCUGGAGGGUCCAGUAGCUCAGUGCCUCAUGAGAAAUUUUGUUCUUCUUUAUCCUUCUCUGUGAAGUGCUUUCUCGUUCCCUUUAGGAUGCCACAGUUCUCUGUAAGAGCCUGGAAUACAAGUCAAAAUCUGGUGAUCGUGUUGGAUGACUAAUAAACCACCCUGAAAAAACA